AAAGGUGCAGAUUAAAGUGUUCGUUGGUAUACGUUUUUCCAGGUUCCCAUGAACGAGAUGGAUUUUAACAUUCUGUGGAUGGGGAAUCAUCCGAAGCCGGACAUUUUACGGAACUUAAUGCCCCACCAGAAAGUGAACCAUUUCCCAAGGUCGUACGAGAUAACCCGCAAGGAUCGACUGUACAAGAACAUAGAGGCGAUGCAACGCAGCAAGGGUCUACGGAAUCUGGACUUUAUACCGCAAACGUUUCUGCUGCCUAGCGAAUCGAGGGAAUUACUUACGGCGCAUUUCAGGUACCGCGGGCCCUGGAUUGUCAAACCAAAAGCCAGUUCCCGCGGACGUGGCAUUUAUAUAGUUAACAGUCCUGAAAAGAUUCUUACGGACGAAUCUGUGAUCGUUGCACAGUACAUAAAUAAUCCGCUUCUAGUCGACGGGCACAAAUGUGACUUACGGCUGUACGUAGCCGUGACGAAUUACGAUCCACUGUUGAUCUACCUGUACGAGGAGGGCUUAGUGAGAUUCGCCACGGUGAAGUACGACGGUGGCAACCAGUAUAUCUGGAACCCCUGCAUGCAUUUGUGCAACUAUAGCAUCAACAAAUUCCACGUGGAUUACGUAAAAAGCGAAGAUCCAGAUGCGGAGGACGUAGGCCAUAAGUGGACUUUGUCGGCGUUACUCAGACAUCUACGUUCAAUGGGACAAGACACGGAAUUGCUGAUGCAACGCAUAGAGGAUAUUAUCAUAAAAUCGAUUCUUGCGACUGCCUCUGGAAUCGUCAGCGGAGUCAAGCAAUUUGUCAAGCAUCCGGAAGCUUGUUUCGAACUAUUUGGAUUUGAUAUUUUAAUCGAUGACACGUUGAAACCAUGGUUACUGGAAGUGAAUUUGACGCCAUCAUUGGGAUGCGAUUCCCCGCUCGAUGUUAGAUUGAAAUCGGCUUUAAUAGCCGAUUUACUUACUCUGGUUGGUAUACCUGCGAUCGAUCCGAUGUUACGACCGCAAAGCACGCACCUGAACCGAUCCACAGUAACUUCUACUAAAAGAAUAGUUAACUGUAGGAGAGUACAUUCAGCCGAAACAUUAUCACAAAGAAAAAAGAACGGUAGUAAAAGUAAUAUCAAUAAAUCAGGAUUAACACCCGAACAGCAACGAAUAGUAGCAUCGGCGAAAGCUCAAUUCGAUCGACGAGGAGGAUUCGUUCGUAUAUUUCCUAGUCCAAAAUCGUGGGAAAUGUACUCACAAUAUUUAGAUCCAACCACGGGCAUACCAAUAGCUUCGGAUCCUUUAGGUCCAGGCAGACCUCCGCAUCAACUUAAUACGAAUCAUAAUUUAAUGUUACACGAGCAAUUAUUUCCCGCGGCUAGUCGUACUACUGACUUUAUCAUUCCCGAGGUUACAUUGGACAGAUUGUCUAGAUACGAAAGAUAUGAGAGAGCUUUGGUAAAAGGGCACAAACAAAGCUUAGAUCGUGGUAGUAGUAAAGAGAAUAUCGAUAUAGAUAAACAUAAGUAUAAGAGCCAAGUGGUGCAAUCUAUGCACGAAGGAAAUAGACUUAGUCCUGGAGAAGCUAGAAAGGCCUUCGGUUUAUACUUAGGACAUAUAUUACGUAAAAUAUCACAGCCUAAUGCGGAUCCAACAUGUUGCGAUCUUGUGAUGAAAUUUCUUCAACAGUCGGCUAGUAAUUUAAGGACCCCAUUCUUUUUUACGUUACCAAGUAGUAAAUUGAGUGAUAAAGAUCGUGCUGCUGUCACGGCUAAACAACUCUCAGACUUUUUACAUUUAUACAAUCGAGAGACAGAUCUUUACGCGGAUACAGUUGACCGUCCACGUACUGUUCCGAAUCGACUUUUCCAAAAGUUUUUAGUCGCGGCAAGCGAACAAGAUCUCGAUGAUAUAUUAAUUCUACAAACGAGGCUAUACAAAUGCGCUCACAGUUUUUUGGGAAGAAGCGGUUUUGCAGGAAGUCUACCUGGUCCUAAUUUAUUGGGUUGUUUGCCCCACAUUACGUCUCGCGUAUAUUCUAACGCUGCAACCAGCGAACAAUGCAAAUGUAAUCAGUCAUCAAUUACUAGGCCUAUAAAAGCUGCGCGUACCUAGCUGUACAAUGUGUGAAUAUUUGUUAUAGAUACGUCUGUUCGUUAAAAGUACUAUGUACGGCUGCUCUAGGACUUCCCAGUACAAGUGGACAAUCAUCCACGUAUAUAUAAUCUUAACGUUUCCCAUAUAAAUAUAGCACAGAAAAUCAUCAUAAAACUAAUAUUUUGGGUACGCUUGAAAAGUGCUUUAAUAUUCGCUUACCAAUUAUAAAGUAGAAAAAUGAAAAAGUCCGUUAUACGAUAGUUCCAGCGAAUAAUAUCCCGAACCUCCUUGAAGAAGUUUUCUUGGUCUCUUUAAUCGAGUUCAUAUUCUUACAUAACAAUUUUAUCUUAAAACUAGUCUUUAGCAUCAAAGAUUCGAAGUUAGAUAGGGAAUGAUCUUAAAAUAAAGGAAACGCUCACGGAUUUAGGUUUUGCGAGUUUUAUCGUGUAAAACAUGUGGCCAAUUAAAAUUGAAUCGUUUUAAGAUACAACAGGAACUUUAAAGAAUAAAUAAUUCAAUUAAUAAAUUUUAAGGACGUUCACGUUAUCGGCCUACGUAACAGGCAAUUAAUGUUCACUUCUUAAAAUAAAAUAUCAAAUUUAUUGAUCGUGAAGAAACUUUUACAACUUUUACAAAAAUAUUUAGUUUGACAUACUUAUUUUACCAUUAUGUAUUAAUCAUUCGAAUAUAUAAUUUUAUACAGAUCGAUUUAACACUUAAUUUCAUUUAAUUAAAAUAUAUAUCUUUUACCACAAAUUUAGACGGUACCUUAAUAAUUAACUAUCAUUCUUAACAAUUUUAUCAAAGAUGUUCCUAUCUAAAUUAUAUUUUUGUUCAAUUAAAAUAAACAUAUUCAUUUAUAUCAGCUUAUAUUAGAUGCCUCUUUAAGUCUAGCCAAGUUGAAGGCAGACGCAUAAAGAAUUAGCAUGUGUUUUUCAUUGUAAUCUUAUUCAGCAUUUUGUUCGACAGUCUAAAUUCGUCCAUAAAAGAUCUAGAGAUAGACGUAAAAUAUAGUAGUUAAAAAAAUUACAUACAAACAUUCAACGAAUUGAAUUUUUGCGAGUAUAUAGCUUAGGAAAGAAAAUCGGUUUAAGAAUUUUUUCGAGAUCAAUUUUUCAAAGUGCAAUAAGAAUAAAUGAUUAAUAAAUUAAAACUAGGCUCGUUAUAAGAUACAGAACAUAUUUGUAUAGAAAUAGUACAUAUACAGUAUACAUGUAUAUGUACAGUAUACACCUAAUUGUACAAUGGUUUUUAGUCGUGACUCGGUAAUAUGCCUGAUAAUAUUAAGUUACAUGCAUUCAGUUUGAAAGAGACAUGUACCACAGCUUUCAUGAUUGUGGUUACUAAAUGGAAAAUGGGAAAUGUUUGACGACACGAUUGGCAGGUACCAAUCCAUUAGAUUAAAAUCGUAUAGGUCUUAUCCAUCCAUAUAAUGCCGUCAGUAUUUAAACAAGGAUUUACAGCUUAUUCUUCCAAGAAAUGUAAUGUCAUUUGCAUUUUACAAGCUUUAUACCAUUGCACGCGAAAAAAGAAACGGAACAAAAUUGUAUUUUUCCAAUUGCGUUAUUAAAUCGAAAUAGGAAAUCCUGGUACACAUAUAUUCAACUCAUUUGCUGUGAUAUAAUCGCAUAUGACGGCAUAAGUAUCGGUUGAGCGCAGUAUCUUUAACUCAAUGGCAUUCAAUGUUAUGUAUAACAUGUUAUCGCAGUGGGUUGAUCUCACAUAGGACGAAAGUCUUAAUGUUAUCCCUUACUAAGCACAAAGAAAGCUAUUGUUCAUUGUAGCAGCGAAGAAUAUUGUUAUUGCAUAAUUGUAUUCGUAGCCUGACACGUUAUAAUCAGUUAAAAGAUACGUUAUCAGUUUAUAUUUUGAAGUUUAACGCAUCCACCUAAACAUACAACGAGUAGGCUUAAAAAAUGUGGUUCUAAAUGCGUGUUGGCCAUGUUCAUUUCGUUUUGUCCCGUUGAAUUUCACACUUUUCGUAUUAACUUUCAUUUAUAGUGAACGUAUGUGUUAUUUGCAUAAGUUUAGUAGAAAUAUUUCGUAUAGAUAUCUAUUGUUAAUUCGAACAAUUAAUAUAUGUAUUUAUAUCAACUGAAGAGACAUUAUUUUUUAAUUCAUACAAUAU